AUGCAUGACCUUGAAUACGAAUUUGGUGCAUUUGUGAUACAUGACCUUAUACAUGAUUUAGCUGAAAUGAUUUCUGCGGAAGAGACUUGUAGGAUUAAAAAUAACAGACAAACAAAGAUGCUUUCCACUAUUCGGCAUCUUCGAGUAGAAGAAGAAGAAAAAUUGCCGUUGGAGUUCUCUGGAUACGACAAGUUACACACCUUGCUGUUGAGAACAAAUUCACCUCCCGAUAACCUUUUUGAAAAAUUAAGAAGCAUUCGCGUUUUGGAUGUAAGUUGGUGUGACUUGCAGGAGUUAUCUGAACAUAUUGGUAAAUUGAUUCACCUCCGUUACCUUGAUAUAUCAUGGAAUUCUGAAAUUAAAAUUUUGCCUGACUCAUUAUGCGACCUUUAUAAUUUGCAAACACUGAAGGUAAACGGUUGUUCUAAACUGGAGUCUAUACCACAAGAAUUGGGUAAGUUGGUCAAUUUGAGACACAUUGAUGCAGGUUACGAGUUUUGGAAUAUGAUAAAGCUGGAUGUACAUAGACUAACUAAUCUUCAAGAAUUGCCAACAUUUAGUGUUCGAGAGGAUGAUGAACUCAAGCUUGGACGACUAAAGGAUUUGACACAGCUUCAUGGAACACUUCGUAUUCAAAAUCUUGAGAAUGUUGUUGAUAGCAAAGAAGCACAGCGGGCUGGGUUAAAGAGCAAAGUCCACCUAAAAAAAUUGGUGUUGGAAUGGAAUUAUUGGAAACUGCAUGGUGGGAAGGAUGCCAUAUUGGACGAGGAAGUAAUUGAAGGUCUGCAGCCACACGAAUCACUUAAAAUGUUGAAAAUUAGAGGGUACAAUGGAGGUAGGUCGCCUAGUUGGUUGAUGCCAAAAGUUCUAUCUAAUUUGGAAAAGCUUGAAUUAGUAAAUUGCAAGGGAUGGGAUGAUGUUCUGCCAUUUAUUGGUCAACGUUUGCAUCUAAUUGAACUUCGUAUGGAAGACAUGCCUGCUUUGAAACAACUGAGUCAUGAAUUUUCAGGCAAGUGUUUUCCAAAGUUGAAAGUGCUUAAUUUAUUGAAUUUGCCGGCAUUGGAGGAGUGGUCUUGGACUGAGGGCAAAGAUCUAUUUCCCUGCAUGCGUGAACUUCGUGUCAGAGAUUGUCCCAAACUAAACAGAUUACCUUCCUUCCCUCCUUCCCUAGAAAAAUUGAAAAUAUCAUGGUGUCCCAGUCUCAUAUUUAAUAGCAAAAUGAAAGAUGACGAGGAAGGUGGCUGCUAUCUACCGCCCGCACUCAAGGUAUUAGAAUUGGACAACUGUGGCGAAUAUUCAAAACUUUUGCUUGAAUGCUUGUCCAACCUUCAUUUAGUUACUCGAUUGACCAUAAGGCAUUGCCCACAUAUAACGUCUAUUCCUCCGGUUCAAUUGGUAGAACUGCAAUAUUUGUACAUCUCUAAAUGUGAUGAGCUGAGACGGAUGGAGUGCUUAGGACUCCUUAAAUCCCUCGAGCGAUUGAAGAUCGUAGGAUGUCCUAAGCUGGUUCAGUUGGAUGUAGAAGAUGAACAAGCAGCGAGGUUGUUGUCAUCUCUGCGUUAUUUAUGCGUGGACAACACUGCUCUGCUUAAAAUGUUUCCUCUGAGAAACUCACUGUCAUUCAUCACAGAACUUGAAAUCGAAUCAUGUCCUGAGGAGAUGAUAUUUGAGGAACCGAUAUUGGUGCGGAGCCUCACUGCUGUUACAUCACUAAGCUUCAAUCGUUGCGAUAAACUACAAUCUCUGCCGACUGAACUGCUGCAUUGCCUUCCCUUCUUAAAAAAGUUAAUGGUGUCUAACUGUCCACAGCUCCAAUCACUGCCAGAGAUAGGACUUUCUCCCUUUCUCAAAACACUAGAAAUAUGUAACUGUCCACAGAUUCAACCGAUGCCAGAGGAUGGGCUUCCCAUGUCACUAGAUGUUUUCCAUUGCUGA